UCUCUCUACCUUAAAUAAAACCCACCAUAGAUUUCUUUCACCAGUCGCCACACCUCCUCUCCUUCUCCACAUUCUCUCUCUCUCUCUCGCUCUAAGGUCGAGGAACGUAUCAAUGGCGGUGGAAGCCCAGCGUGUUAACCUUUUCCCUCGGUUUAUAACGAACAGAGAAUGCGUUAAACUUCAAUCCAACAUGAUGAACCAUGCCGAGAUGGAUUUUCCCGGAGUUCCGGCGACUAUCGGCGGCGCUAGGCCGUACGGACAACCUCUUGCCUUAGAUCCUAUCGCCAUGGCGGCCUCGAAAGCUUGCUUCAACAAAUCAGACAGCGGCGUCACUUACAACGUUAAUCCCCCUGCCGCUCUCAGAAAACGCCCCCGAGAUUCCGCGUUAUGCGAUUCCGACGCUCUCCUCAUUUCCGCGGCGGCGGCUCGGAAGCGGAGACAAACAGCGUUCGGAUCGCUGUUCGAUCAAGAACUGAUGUCUCAGAUCCAAAACCAGCAGACGGAGAUCGACCGGUUCUUGGCUCAGCAGACGGAGAAGCUGGUGAUGGAGCUGGAGGAGCGUCAUCGGGCGCAAACGCGGGUUCUAGUGUUUGCGGUUCAGAACGCCAUAGCGAAGAAGCUCAAGGAGAAAGACGAGGAGGUCGUACGGAUGGGAAAACUCAACUGGGUCCUACAAGAACGGGUGAAGAGCCUCUACGUCGAGAACCAGAUCUGGCGCGACCUGGCUCAAACCAACGAAGCCACCGCCAACAACCUCCGAACCAACCUCGAACAGGUCCUGGCUCAGGUAGAAACCGCCGCCGUCGACGAUCACCGCCCCUCCGCCGCCGCAGUGGAAGACGACGCCGAGUCCAGCUGCGGGAGCUGCGCCGUCGGUAACGACAGAGACGGGGAGGAAGAUACCGGAGUUGUCGCCGGCGUCGGAAUUGUGCGGCGGAGAGUGAGGGGAAGUUGCCGGAAAUGCGGGGAGAGGGAGGCGAGCGUGUUGGUGUUGCCGUGUCGGCAUCUGUGUCUGUGUACGGUCUGUGGUUCGGCUCUUCUACGUGCAUGUCCUGUCUGCGAUACGGUCAUGAACGCUAGUGUACAUGUUAACAUGUCUUGACCUUCUUUUCUUUUUCUUUUUCUUUUUUUUUUAAAAUCCAAAUAUUUUUCUCCGUAGAAUUUUACAUUUUUAAGUUUUUACAAACAGAGAUAUCAAUGAUUCCUUUUGUAAAAUCGUUCUUUGUAAAUACAGAAUUUUUUUCUGUUCA